CACAUACGUCAUUCAGGGGCGGGGCAGUGCCUGAAGGCGGGGCUAGCACAAUUUUGCCAGUUUUAAUAGGUUUUUGUACCGGUAAAGAAGUCAUUGAUCGCUUUAAGCAAGACGUUGACGUGUCUGUGUUGUAUCAUUUUAGCGGCCAAAAAUGUCUUCACCAGCCUUCCCAGAGGAUAGCCAUACAGCAAAAUUAAUACGGAAAACAAAGGAGUCUCCGUUUGUCCCUGUUGGUUUAGCAGGAUGUGCUGCUGUUGUGGCCUAUGGACUGUACAGAAUGAAGCAUAGAGGGAACACUAAAAUGUCCGUGCAUCUUAUUCACAUGCGUGUCGGAGCUCAGGGUUUUGUUGUAGGAGCAAUGACUGUUGGGGUACUUUACUCCAUGUACAGAGAAUACUUUGCAAAAUCCAGGGAAUAGAAGCAAGUCAAAUCUGCCAUGUGGUAGCAGGUUUUUCCUUUGGCACCCGAGACCUCUUCUUUUUGGAUGUAUUAUAUAUUGUAUGUAAAUUUGUUAUUGUGUAUUUAAACUUAUUGCUGUGUAGCGAAAGCUACAAGAUCUUUUUUUUUGUUACUAUUACAAAAUGAUAUUCAGCAAAGUACUUAAUUGCCCAUUGUAAAAUGCACAACUUUUAGUAAAAAAUUGAAGUCUAAAGUAUUUAGAAGUGGAUUUGCAUAGUUAUGUAAAGCACUGAGGGGUGCAUUUGCACCAAAUUGCCCUCCAUUUUGUAAGGCUGUUGUGAAACUAUCCCAGUGUAAUUUCACUAAUUCUGGCUUUAAUUGGUUAGUUCAUUGUUAAAUGUCUGUAUUCCUAGUAGUGAGACUUUCUUUCCACUGUUGGUCUGUAGCAGUUGCUAGCUGAAGGAUGUUUGCUGAACAAAGGGAAAACUGAGUGUAGGGGCUAUCAAAACUGAAAUCUCUUUACAGAGCUCAGUCAUAAGUGACAUGUAUAGUUGAAGUAAUUUUGAAUCUGUGAGUUAGCACUAUUUUAAUGUAUGUCUCGCUAAGCAGACGUAGUAUUCCUUCACGUGGAAUGAAUCGUUAACAAAGUAAAAGGAAACUAGAUUCGUGUUUGCUGGACUUGUCUUCCUUCACCUAUAGAAGGAUAGCCCCUUGAAGUUGUUUUUUUAUUUGAUUUACAUAGUCUAGUAUGUCUGAGCAUGUUCACAUGCAUUCAAGUGUCUGAAGACUAUUUGUGGUACUGGCAAUGUAUCUUAUUUUAAUUUUGUUGUCUUUACUACAGAGACUGAACAUAUUGCCCACAUUCCACAGGUUGGCUAACAUGCAGUACUCUAAACUUGCUUGUGACUGAGUAUAGAUGUUCGCACAUCAGUGACAUCUGCUAAGUUAUAAUACUGCCUGUUUUUCUUAUAAUAAACUUCCAUGAGCUGCAAUCUCUGACAGUAUGAACAUCUACCUGGGUAGUAUCCAAAAGUACUAAUUUUAUUUGUCUGUCAGAUACUUAUGGGCUUGUAUUUGAGCUGCUUUUGUAAAUUAUAAUGUGUGGCUACAUAAAAUGUAGUGUUUUGUUUGUUAUAUACCAAAGCUAUUUUUAAUAGCCUCUUAUGUUUGUGUACAUUUUGUUUAAAGAUAUAGAGACAACGUUUAAAAGUUGUUGACUUAUUUUGUAAAUAAACUGAAAAAAAAAUGUUA